AGCGAUCGCCUAAGAAUUGGUGAAUUUUUUCACUUUUCACUUUCCACAAUUCGUAAUCUCACGUGAACAUUUCCAGUUUUCACAUAUGCACUGAGAGUGAUCGCGUACGUAUAAAGUGGAAAAGUGAGAUAACUAGAAAAAUUCGUAGUUGGAAACCGCGAUCCGGCAUCGCCAUGCAAGCUAAACGAGGCGCAUCUUGAUACUGCCUAUACAUAGUCGCCAGGUAAAAGGAAUACCUUCACGUCUGUCCUGUAACCUCAAAAUAUCUUGAAGAUAUUGAAUAUUGAACACGAUAACCAAGAAGAAUAUCUUAUAUAUCAUAUGUUAUUGUAUCUGGACAAUAAGAUUGUUGAAAUCGCAAUAUGAAUGUCACGUACAAGCAACGGGAAAUUCUGCUGGAUUCCCUGAAACAGCAUCCGGAAAUAAUAAGAGGUCGAGUUUCAAGAAAGUCUGAGAGCCGGAAAGAAUUGAAAGAUAUAUGGGAGCAAAUAACAAAUAAGCUAAAUAGUUCCGGAGAAGGACCGGUUAAAACAAUACAAGAAUGGAUAAAGAGUUGGUCAGAUUGGAAAAUGUACGUUCUUAAGAAAGAAACGAAUAGGAGGAGAAAUGUACAAGGCACAGGCGGUGGACCUCCAAAAAUUGUUAACUUUACUGACCUUGAGACACAACUAUUGGAAAUUCUUACUCCCGAGGCAGCUGGGUUGGCAAAUAUACCUCAAGCGGGAUUUAAAUCAAAGAAGGGAACUGAGAAACCUCAUCCAGAAGUCCCAGAAGUCUUAGAAGUCCCAGAAAGAAGUGUACAAAAUGAAAUCUUGGAUGAUUUCGAGGUACUAGACAUCGAUAAAGUGCCAAUUAUUUAUUGCGACGAUGAUCUCGGCAAUUCCACUACACGUACUCAAAGUGGUUAUACAUUUGAAGAGGAUGAAGAUAAAGAAAACGUGAAUUGUGAACCAAAAAAUAAAAAACGAAAGGCAGGAUUACUAGAGAACUCACUUUCUGAAAUCGUCAACUGCAGCGAUCCAUCUAGUACAACUGCCGUGAGCUGUAAUAACAGAUCUACAAAAUAUGGAUCAUCAGAUAAAAAGAAGAUAAAGGUAGAUUGUUCCUACAAUGAAACCGAACAGGUGAAGAAGAAAAAUGAAAAGCAACCUGUUGCGUUACCAGAAAAAAUAAAAUCUUUAAACGAAAUAUCACAUUUGAUGUUACGCGUUCAAGAAGAGACACUUGAACUGAAUCGUCAAGAACUUCAACUGAGAAAAGAUGCGCUUAAAACGCAAAAAGGCAUUUUAGAAGAACUAAAAGAAAUGAAAAAACUUCUGUGUCCCUGAAUUGUGAAUAGUAAGUAUGUGCAUACCUCGUUGUUGAGUGAAUUGUCUUAAUAAUUUUAAAAAUAACCUCGUAGGGGAAAAAGUCUGAAAAUUAUCAAAAAAUUUAUCUGAAAAUGUCUUCAAAUUGGGACCAUUUUGAAAGAUCUUGGUCAAAAAAGCUUGAAAAAUUUUCAGAGAAUUUCAGAGACAGAGAAUUUCUAAUUUUUCAGAGAAUUUCAGACGUUUUUAGAAAGGUGUUUCAAGAUUUUAAGAUAUUUUCAGAGAAAUUUUUAGACAAUUCUCAGACUUUUUUGUCAGUGUGAUUCUAUCCCGUUUA